AUGAAAAAGGACACAAGUUUAAGAGUUCUUCCUUGUUCAAAAUAUACAUGCUUUUUGAAUGAAAAAUCAUCAAAAUUAUUGUUGUUGAGCGAAAAAUUAUUGUUGUUGGGAAAAAACAGCAUUUUUUUCUGCAGAAUUUCCACAGUCUCAGAUUUUAAGCUGGAGUUUGGACAUCAUCAAGGCAGGACAAGUUCUGUCUGGCAUGGAGGUACAGCUACCAUUGCUCAGAGCCCUGGAGACGAAGUGUGGGGAAUAGUGUGGAAAAUGAACGCUAGCAAUUUAAGUUCACUGGAUAAGCAAGAGGGAGUUGAAGAUGGCAUUUAUGUCCCAAUAGAAGUUAACGUCCACACUCAAGCAGGAAAGGUACUGACCUGUCGAAGCUACCAGAUGAAGGACUAUGUCUGUGGUCCUCCUUCUCCUCAGUAUAAAAAGGUUAUCUGCAUGGGUGCAAAACAGAAUGGCUUGCCAGCUGACUAUCAGAAGAAAUUAGAAGCUAUUGAAACUAAUAACUAUGCAGGGCCAGUGCCAAUCAUGGAAGAGAUUGAAGCUGCUAUUAAAGCAAAGAAAACAAUUUCUGCGUAGAGUACCUCUGCACUUGCUUGGCCAUUCACCUUGAUUUAGAUACCUGUCCUUGCCGUGCUGAUCAGUGGUUUCUUUAUUUAUCAAGAAAAGAUGAGUUUGCUGUGCAUCUACAGUGAGCUAUUAGACAUAAU